GGGUUGUGGUGGUGGUGUCAUGGUCGUCGUUACGUUACUCGUGCGACUAGAGACUAGAGUCGUGAUUUGAGGCGGGGUUGGGAGUUCGAGUUAGACAGCAUCAGCACAACCUAAUUACCAGUUGACCCCUGUUAGGACUCGGUCAGUAAUUAGGAUGAUUCAGAAGCUGAUUAGCGAGAGAUUGGCAGCAAAGCGGAAUUGGCCCGCAGCAGCCAUGGAAUGCCUUUCGUCCAGAGCGCAAGGUCUUCUGUCAGGCUAUGCUGCUUAGCGAAAAAACCAAGAACUAAGAAACUUGAAGCAGUUCGCGUACACUGACCCAAGGCUUUCAGGUCGAGCGAGCGUCGUGUACGUGUACCGGGAAGCUUCAAGAACCAAGCCGAGUUCCCCUUAAUCCACUCCACUCCAGUCCACGUGGACCCAUUAACCUAGGUUCGACUCGUUUCGUAUCGGUUCGUUUCUCCCCGUUAGCGCCCUCGGCCUAGGUAGCUCGCACGCCCGCCUCGCGCACCCGCCUAGCGCGCCCGCUCGUCCCUUCAUCGCUCUAGUUUUAACACGCGCGGCGACCGGCGGAUAGGCGUUUCAUAAUGGCUGAAGAAACUAGCUUGGGUACAGCAGACCACGCUACUUUAGAGACGUCUUUAAACGCCGCGGAGGAGCAUCCGCCCGCGCGCUCCGCGCAGCUGUCAGAAGCGGCAUCAGCGCCGGCUUUGGCGCAAGCAUCGGCGGAAGCGGAGCUGGCCGCUGCGGCACGAGCCGAUGCGCCUGCGCCCGCGCCUGCGCCUGCGCAAGCGCAAGCGCAAGCUCUUAGCAGGGCCGAUCCCGCGAGUAGUGUCGCGUCAACGGCAGGAAGGCCGAGCGCGUCUUUAGGUCAAGUGACCACGCCCACUUCCAGCGAGCUCUUAGCCGCUUCCCCUUCCCCGUCGUCCGCGGAGCCUCUCCCGCCUGCAGACGCUGCUGCGCGCGCAGACGCGCCCAGGCCCGACCCCGCGCCUGUGCCUGCGCCUGCGCCUGCGCUCCCACCCCCUGCUCCGGACGCGGCUGCAGAAAAGGCUCCGCCAGUCGACGCGGCCAAAGACGGGCUCUCCCCGGCCGGGGCGGAGGCGGGGGCGGAGGCGGGGGCAGCGGGGGCAGCUGGCGGAAAACCUAAGAUGGCGCGGUGGCGGGGGAAGAAGGAGAUUGUUGUGGGGCGGCAGGCGGUGAGGCGUCCGCGGGUAGGCGGACAGAGCGGCACGUGGAACCUAACUCUGGGCGGCGCGGGGAAAGACAACCAGCAGCAGCAGCAGCAGCAGCAAAAGCAGCAGGCGACUAUGCAGUUCACAAACCGUUUUAACGUAGGGAAGAAAUUAGGAGAGGGAGGGUACGGACUCGUGCAAACCUGCAGCGACACGACAGGCGAGCUCGGCGAGGGGCCACUAGCCGUUAAGACCAUCUCUAAGGAGGCGCUCUACGCAGACUGCCAGCGGCUCGAGGACUUCGAGGCGCGCCGCAUCGCGUUGGCGCGCGAAGUUGAGGUGAUGGACCGCGUGCGCGGCCACGAGCACGUGGUGCAAGUUAAGAAGGUCUACAACAACAGCGAGCGCCUGCGCGUCGUCAUGGAAAUGUGCGAAGCGGGUAACCUUCACGAACACCUCGCAGCGCGAAUCGAGCUCAUUCGCCAAGAGCGAGGCAGCUUCGGCAGCAUCGGCGGGUUUUUCGGCUCCAGCGGCGGCGGCGGCGGCGGUGGAGGCGGCAUCGGCGGGCUCUUCGGCGGCGGAAGCAGCGGCGGAGGGGGGACAGACGGGCGGGGCGCGCACGGCGGGCGCGGGCCGUGGGCGGGCGGGCUGCCGGAAAACGAGGCGGCCGUUCUGUUCAAGCAGCUGGUAGAGGGAAUCGCGUUCUGCCACCGGCGCCGCGUGCUGCACCGAGACGUUAAGCUCGAAAACGCGCUGCUCGCGCUGCCCACGGGGCGCCGCGCAGAGGCGGACGACCUGCAGGCGGAGCUGCGCAUGGCCGCCGCGGACAUGGCGCACGGGGGGAUCGACGCGGGGGGGGCGGAGGGGGGGGGCCCGCAGCCGCACCACCACCACCACCACCACCACCACCACCACCACCACCACCAUUUCAACCUCUUCAGCAUUCUUCCCCAGGGUGCCAGGUCCCCGGCUCUCAAAUCGCCUGUCGCAGACAAAUCCCCCAGGCAGCAUUCUCCAGGCAAUAACAUGCCUCCUCCUCCUCCUCCUCCUCCUCCUCCUCCUCCUGCUGCUGCAGCGGCGGCCCCGGCGUUCCCACACUCCGCCUCAGCCCCGGGAGGCACUGCGCCCAAAUCCCCGGUCAACGGCCGGCCCCCACUCUCCCCUCGGCUUGGGGCGCGCAUCCCGCCGUCCCCGUCCGAGUCUUCCGCCCCUUCCGCCGCCGCCGUUGCCGCUGCUGUUUCGGCCGGCACGUCCGCGGUUUCUCUCGGCCUCGUGGUAAAACUUGCGGAUUUCGGAUUCGCUCUAGUGCUUCGGGAUGGGCAAACGGCCUCGGGAACGUGCGGAACGCCCGGGUACAUGGCCCCGGAAUUAGUAGCCGAGGAAAAAUACUCCUUCCCAGCGGAUAUCUGGAGUCUAGGGGUGGUGCUGCACGCGUUACUCUUUGGCGAGUUACCGAGCUACCGCGAGCUGAAGGAUGUGAUCACGGAGGGCGUGCCCCGGCCAUCUGCCCGGAAAUGGAAAACUGUUUCGGAACCUGCCCGUGAGCUCCACCAGGCUAUUCUUCAGCUGGAUCCGUCCAAGCGGCCCACGGCUGCCGAGAUUUUGAAGCACCCGUGGUUCGAGCAUGCCGAAGCAGCACUUGCAGCAGCAGCAUGUGACAUGGCCGAAGGGAAGGAGGGAAUGCGGGUAGGAGUGGGGGGCGAGGAUAAGGGCAUAGUUUCCCCUCCCGCGUCUCCCCGUGUGUUGGUCCUUAGGAUGAAACUAGGUGCAAAGAACCUAGCGUUUAGGUUUAAGUACGGCUUUAUCCCCACUGCAGCUUCGGGCAAGAAGCAGCUUGAAGAAGAGGAGAAAGCGGAGGAGGGGAAAGGGAAGGAGGAGGGACAAGGGUAGUGAGUGGGGGGGGGGAGUAGUGGGAGAGUAGUUCUGGGAGAGUAGUGGGAAAGUAGUUCUGGGAGAGUAGUGAUAGCAGUGAGAGAGCAGUGGGGCGAUAGUGGGAAAUAGGUGGGUAGUUGUAGAGCAGGGAGCAGAGAUGUGCGGUGGUGAAGUGCUGUUGGGUCUGAAUAAAGAGCAGCCAGCAGCCCGGUUUCCUUCUCCCUCCAAGGUGCCCUGUGCUAGAAGCGACACAGCCGCCACCUGGCAGCGGGAGGGAGCAAGGGAAGGGAGGAAAGGGAGACGGCAAGAUGUGUGCUGAACGUCACGGACGUGCCCCGUUUUGGGCAGCGGGGUGGGAAGAAUGGAAGGGUUAAUGCGGGGACUGAAGGGGUAGGGAGUGUGGAGCAACCCUGGUUGUGAGCAUCAUGUGGUGGGGCAUCAGCCUUGCGGUGUGGGGUGGGAUAGCUGACCUGUUGAGGUACGGUAUGGAGGAGGGGAGGGGAUGGGAGAACCACCAAGGGGAGCAGCACAGUACGAGAGGUUUGGCUGGCAGGUUGUGGUAGACGGAGAGGAGAGCUGAGCAUGCUCCUUGCUGGUGCUUCUUUCACUUCGUUUUUCCCUCCUAGCAGCGUAUUCAAGAAAGUAACCAUCGCUGUCGUGUGCUGCUGCUGACAUGGCUCGGCAAGUACCGGUAUGGGCUGGCUGGCUGGGAGGCUGGGAGGCUAGGAGGCUGGCUGGCUGGGAGGCUUACAUCUUUAUUUACAGUACCACUGUGCGGUCGUGUGCUUGACUAGACAGGUUGGUGCUGCACUGCUGCGGCAGAGUAUCGUAAGAUUUCCACUCACCUCACCCUGUGGGCUGCUGCCCUGCCUCUGAUUGGUAGCUCGGAUGAUUACUACUAUCGGUACUGUAGGUUGGUGUUUUUGUCAGAGUGUUACACAGACCAGAUCAGUCCAUGGCUGGCCUUGGAAUUGGGUGGUGUGUUUAUUGUAACUACGGUAUUAGAGCGUGUUCUUAUGGCCUCUU